AUGGCGGCAAUCACCCUUAACAGCCUGCCCGACGAGGUUCUGCAGUCAAUCCUUCUGGGCUCGGCCAAAAAGCGCAAGGACCUCACGUCUGUGCGAUUGGUUUCCGGGCGGUUUCACAACAUUGUCAACCCCGAAUACUGGCGAACCAUCGUCCUUCAGCCCGCCUACUCUCAAGAAUUUUCGACCUGGCUGCAACGACAAUUCUGCGACAGAUGGGUGCAUUCAUACCGUAUCUUGGUUCUGCUCAUCGCACACUUGCCCCAGCUCGAGCACAUCUCAUGUUUCAUGAGCGAUCGGCAUGAUCAGCGACUUCUACUCGACCUCUUCGAUCAAUGUCGGCCGGCAAGGCUCCUUCAACUGGGCAUUGCCCGCCCCGCUGGUUCUUCCGAUCGAACACCUUUGAUGCGCCUGAGCAAGGUCAGCUUGCGUAACAGUUCCAGCCUCGCAGGCCUCGUGCAGCAGACGCCCGUCAUGCAGUUUCCCCUGGUCGAUUUGCAAGUCAGCUCGUGUCCGACGGGGCUGUUCAGGCUCGCGAAAAUUCAGCCACGUCUUGAAUCUUUGGAGCUCAAAGACAUCGCCUUCAUGGAGAACACGGUCCGGCUGGUCCUUGUCGCUUUCCCAUGCCUCAAGCAUUUAACUUACGGGGCACUGAGGUCUUACGAGUCCAACACCGACGUGGAGAUUGUGAAUGUCGACCCUGCAGGCCAAGCGAUCCGCGAGCUUGGCAAAAACCUCACACACAUCAACUUCCACGUCUAUUGUGACGGAGAAGCUGGAGACUUUGCACUCGUGGGUUCUCUUGGACCUCUGUGCAGUCUGACCGGGCUAAAGACGCUUGUGACCAUGCCCGGUGCUCUGUUGCGCGAGAACAGUUACCGCACACUGGGGGACAUGCUGCCGACCUCGAUCGAGAUGCUCACGUUGGCGACUUCGGAUGACGGCUUGUCUGGUUGCGGCCAGACUGAUGUCGAAGCGGGGCUUCCGAAUCUACUUACACAGUCACGGCGCUUCCCACACUUGGCUGGCGUCAGACUUGGCUGGAUUCCGACGAGUGAUUGGCAGGGUCAUCACUGGGACGUGGAAGGAUGGGAUCGGGGAAUCGCCACUGGAGACUCUUGGGUGUGGCUUGCCCGCACUGCAGCUAGAAAGCGCAUCGUCAGGCAGCUGGCUGCUCGGGACAUGCAGCUGUGCUUUGAUGACCCGAGCGCGGCUUGGGAUGAUGGCGAGCAUGAGGAUCAGGUCGUGUUCAAGUCGCUCAGCCAAGUCUCCUGA